AUGUCAGCAAUUUCACCCAUUUCAACCCAAAUCUCCCAGAAGAGCAGUGCUUCUAUCGCGACCCCCGCAGCUCUUAACAUCUGCUCUACUCGAUCGACGCAAUCAUCUCGGAAUAAUUAUGCACGAAAAUUAACUGGGCAUGGCAAACCCCAUCGUAUCUGCGCGCAGUCACGACAAGACUGUCGAAGCCAUCUCGCUCACAUGGUUCAAAGCAAAGAUCAGGGAAAUGCUACCAGCGCUACAUUUGAGGCCACAAAGCAGCCGUCAUUUCCUCCACCACAGUUCCACCACGAAAACAUCGAUUCUACUCGCGUGGCCUUAUGGCGGGUUGUCCAAGCUCUGGGAGCCACCUUGCUGUUAGCUGCCAUUCCACAGCAGUUCGCCGUUCCUCCUGGUCAACCAUGCUCGAAGUUUCCUAUAUGCGACCACCAAACACUACAGCCCCCGAUAUACUUGCCUCUCGCAUUCCACCGAUUCUAUACCUGCGAGACUCUGCUGCUUGUCUUUGCCCUGUCGACAUUUGUGCACUGGCUGUGUGUGUUUGACAUCUUCCAACAACCUCGGUGGAGCGAUCGGUAUCUCUGCGCGAUCGUGUACACGACAAUGGUGUGCUUGAUCCCAGCGGCCUUUUUGGUCGUCGACCCUGUCACCGUCGUCGCUCAGAUUAUGCCUGCCAUAACAGAUGGACACGGCCUCAAACCGAAAAACGACACGAGUCGAGAGGGUUGGCUCUCCGUGACUGGGUACCGUCGCACCUCUCCCUCAGCAAUACCUUCACGCGUGUGCCCACACUCGUCUAUCCGAGAUAUCGCCUCACGGCGAAUCGUCUGCCCAGGACAGCCUCUAUCUCGGCUACCCUUUACCAUCGGACACGGCGCAGGUCAGGCGAAGACGGCUACUGACACGAAAUGA